CAAUCAACCAAUAGUCAGCUUAAAGAGUGCAGUGUCUAGCCCGCAUCUAAGAAUAGAUCAGCUGUCAUUUACAUAGUAAAUGCAAAUUAAUUUGUUUCACUAUCCAUUUCUAUCCACACUUGCAGCUUGCUGGUAGACAUUUGAUCACAAACCAUCGUAUGUCUUGGGGAUCUCUAUGUCUUGAUAGUGUCUCUGCAUACCCAUUUGUAGCUGUGCUCACUAACUUGCCAACAGCCACGCAAGAGGGGUGAAGGUCAGGCCUUCUCAUUUUGGAUUCUACAUCAGUCUGUUUGCCUCUGUUCCUCUUCACACUUGCAGCUUCCAGCAGAUGUUACCAUGCACCGUCUAAUAUGGGGUGUUUUACUUGCUGUCCAAUUACAUCCAACAAUAUCAGGUCCGCCUAAACCAGUGGUCUCUGCCCAACUGUCAGUCAUGACGGUGAAGGACGAGGUUGAGCUGUACUGUACCUACAGCCCACAGCUUCCAGACACUCAGUGCCUUUUCAAUUUCAGUUCCCAAAGGGACCCUGUAAACUCAAUGAAGUCCAGCAAAGGACAAUGCACAGUGACUGUGGGAGGAGAUAAGCUACUGGAAAAAAAUGCUGGCUACAGAACAAAUACACACAUCUCAUGUAGUUGCACUGUGAAUCACACCACAACAUAUAGUGGGAAUAUUACGGUGGUGGUCUUCAAUUUUGAUCUGCCCAUAAAAUACAUGAUUAUUUCAAUGGUUGUGUUUGGAUUCUUCAACUUGGCCACUCUGUGUGUCCUUGCAUGGGGCUGUUACAUCUUACUGCCCAUUUCAAGAAACAGAAAACCUUCACUUCUUACCAGUACUCAAAAUCAACCAACUGACGUGGAUCAUCAAAGUACUGGCAGUAUCAAAGAAGCAGCGGAUGCAGAAAAAGAGGAGCCUGGUGAGGACGAACUGUUCUAUGCCACAGUGAGGCACUCAACCGAAGUAAGAAGAUCACCACAGGUGUUUCGAUUUGAGCAGGACUCCGAGUAUGCUACGGUGCACAUCAACUGACCAACGCUGCCCUUUAAUGAGAAUGUGCAAUGGAUAGGAGAGAUAUCCUGGAGUUAUCCUGGAGAGAUUCUGAAUGUUUCUGCAAAGCUACAAAACAAAUUAUUUAUUUCUUGUCUCUGACUUUUAGGACAAGAGUUUUUUUUUAUUUGUAUUAUUAUUUUCUUUUACUUAUUUUUGAGUGUUAAGUUUUAAGUACUGUUAUGCUGCAUCUACAAUACUACAAUACAGCUCUGUAUACUUCCUUAAACUUUUCCGCCAAAUAAAUUAUGUUUAAAGA